AACCUAAUUAUUUUACGAUGUAGAAUUCUGUCAUUAGCAAGGUGUGGUCUAUAAAAAGGACAAACACCUGUCCUGUAGACUUUAGAAACCUCUUGUUUGCUGCCGGGGAACAAGGGUCAUUCUUUAUCGGUUUGGCAAACCGCCCACAUGUGAAACUUCGCUUAGACAUGUUCCUUAUUCGUUCGGGACGGUCAGAAUGGCGCUGUUGAUCACUGUCCUCGGUCUUCUCGUCGUAUCUACCCUCGGUUGUGUUCUACCGACCACUCCAGAGCUGUUGACAGUUUGGGCGACCAGCAGCAAACAGUUGAGGGCCACAUGGAACAUAACACAGUGCGGACUUCCGACAUUCACAGCCUACAAAUGCUCCGUUCAGUACUUCUCACAGUGGGACAACAUCGCCAGGACAACAGAAGUGACGGUUGGAAGACCACACCACGGCUCUGUGUCCUUGGACGACCUCAUCCCGUUCACAUUGUACAGACUCCGGGUGAAGUGUAGGAAACUCCUGGAUAACACGUGGAGCGGGUACACACCAUACGUACAGGCACGGACCAACGCCACGGCACCAGAGUCUGCUGUUACGGUGGGGACACCUGUCAGUCCCUCUAUAAACUACAGGACAGGGCGACGGAACGUGACGGUAACUUGGGAGCCCCUCCCAUCCAUUAAACACAACGGCAUCCUACUGGGAUAUCUGAUCAGAGUUACAGACCUGAGAGUGCCGAGCGGGGGCUUUGUUUUAAACGCGACCGUGAACGACACAACUUGUACUCUGGAGAAGUUAAAGCUGUCCGGAUACAGGAUUGACAUCACAGCUUAUAACACUGAGGGAAGGUCACCUCCAGCAACUGUGGAGGUACAAGACAUCGCGAGGGUUCCUGACAAGCCUCUAGAUCUGACAGCAGAGAUAACCCAAGACGAAAACAUCACGUUGUCAUGGCAACCGCCAGCAGAAAUCGGAGGCAUUGAACAAUACUCCGUUUUCUGGUGCGAACUCGAAACGGACGCCAACUGUGGUGGGAACGAAACUGUACUCUCCGUCCCAGGGACCUACACGACGACGACGUUUAUUGACAGCUGGUUACCCUUUCAUCGUUACCGAUUCAACGUGAGGGCGUUGACCUCUGCUGGCCAGGGCCCGCCCUCGGACAACACGUACAAGUACUCAGCUGAAGGAGUUCCCCUAUCCCCGCCUACUAACGUGACAGUACAAGCAGAAAAUGCUACAGUCGUGUUGGUGUCAUGGCAGCCGAUUCCACUGGUCAACAGGAGAGGAUUACUAACUGCCUAUUACGUGUACUAUAGCACAGAUUCCUUCCAAGACACCAAAACGACAACUGUAAAAGUAGCGGACGAUUCCCGGCCGGCACAUUCUCUGCUGACAGACCUAAAACCCUUCACUCGGUACAGUGUGAGAAUAUCGGCCAGUACUGCAAUGGGAGAAGGGAACAAGACCGAACCUGCCUUCAUUAUGACAGACCAGUCAGCACCGGGCGAUGCUCCAGCAAGCGUCAUCACCACCAACAUCACUACAAACUCAUUUGUCAUCAGUUGGUCACCCCCUAUCCACCCGAAUGGUAUCAUCCUGCGUUACAACGUCAAAUACGGGGGCAAGAUUACAGCUUUCGCGUAUCAAACAGAAGCACGGGUUGUAGGGGGUCUAAAGGGUGGUACAAACUACAGUGUUCAAGUCCAGGCGUGUACAGGAGCCGUGGAGUCCCCAUGUGGACCCUUCUCUCCUGUCAAGUACGUGAAAACACUUAAAGGCACCAAUGUGGGACCCAACGCAGUGGAGCACGGAGCCAGUAGCAGUGUUGCUGUGAUUGCGGGAGUGACCACUGCAGUUGUCCUCGUUGUAGUUCUGGUGAUCAUCGCAUGGGGAGCUAUGUCUGCUCCCAAAUUACGCCAAUUGUACAGAAGGGUAUCGUAUGUUCCCAAACCGCAAGACUUCAUCACGGAAGAGCUUCCAACGACCAAUGGCAAGUCGAGACACUCUCUGGACCAGGUUUCCUUAGUCUGUGACAACAUGGCACCGGAGAUAGUGGACAACGUCACGGAGUACAGAACAUGUGAACUUGGGUCACGUGGUCCAGCUGGCCAAUCAGACGUAGACACGUCAGAUGUCAAUAUCAAAGAGGAAACAUGCGGACUUGGUUCACGUGAUCCACCUAGCCAAUCAGAAGUAGAUACGUCAAAUGUUGAUAUCAAAAAGGACUGUACCUUAGAGUCAGAUGAAGUAGAUUACUUGAAAGUUGUUGAGGUAAAAGACAGAUUUCAAGACUUGCCAAUCAUUUAUGUACGGAGAUCUGGAUUGACAAAAAGGGAGGGCGAUUCGUAACCCCUGGUGUUUUUUUGAUUGGCUGCAACGCUAGCAAUACUAUAACUUCACUGUUUAUGUACAUAUGACACUGGAAAGAACAGUCGUUUUGCCGUCUUCUAGGCGACGGUAAAACUACCAUUUCUUUGGACUUAUUUAUAAAAUAUGCACUUACGUUGUA